GCCGCGCCGCCCGUUCAGUCAGUUGUUGGUACCGGUUCGUUUAGUCGUCGUCACCGUGUGUGUUGCGCGCUCAUAAACGGUCACGAGUGUCGAUACGUACGUAUAUAGCGUUCCGUGUACGCGAAAGUGCCGAUCGUCGUGAUGUCUUGUUCGCGUCGUACAAGUGCGUGAUCCAUACGGUCUUACCAAAUUUCGAUCUGCCGACAGCGGUGCGCGAGUGUGAUUUUAAUAGAAUUUCACUCGGGAUUCGACGUCUAGGAUUUUCCGAGCACCACGAAAUCGACAUGUCGUCGUCGUCGCAGUGAUAAUACACAGGCACUCGGAGUCCGUGUAGUCCAGUGUCAUCGUGACGCGUGUGCGUGUGCGUCGUCGGCGAAAUAAAUAUUGCAAAUCGUGUUUAAGUUACAUUUUUCUAUUGAUCGCGAUCGCGAAAAUGUGGUGGUUUAACAGCAAUCGCGGUUCGCGGUUCUUGGCCGCGGCGGCGUUGCUGGCGCUCGUCGUGCCGUCCUCGGUCCGAUCGUUCGAGGGCUGUCCGGCCGUGUGCUCUUGCAAGUGGAAAGGUGGCCGACGGACGGUCGAGUGCGCGGAUCGGGCGCUGAUAACCGUGCCGAUGGGUGUAGACCCGGAAACCCAAGUGCUGGACCUGUCCGGCAACAACCUGCAGAUAUUGCCCAACGAGACGUUCUACAAGGCGGGUUUGGCCAACCUGCAAAAGGCGUAUCUGCGCAACUGCCGCAUCGGGCAGAUCGACGAGUCGGCGUUCCGCGGUCUGACCAACUUGAUCGAGCUGGACCUGUCCAACAACAUGCUCACGUCCGUGCCGUCGCACGUGUUCAGGGACGUGCCGUACCUCCGCGAUCUGUCCGUGGCCGGUAACCCCAUACAGAAGAUCGAGGCGCGCGCCUUCUCCGACUGUCCGGCCGUCGUCAAGGUGGACGCGUCCCACUGCGGGCUCCAGUCCGUGGCGGGCCACGCGUUCAACGGCGUAGUCAGGCUGGAGACGCUCCGCAUCAACGACAACCGGCUGACCGAACUGUCGGCGACCGUGCUCGAGUCGCUCACCAAACUCCGGUCCGUCGAGCUGCACGACAACCCGUGGGUGUGCGACUGUCACCUGCGACCCAUGAAACUGUGGCUGUCCAGUAACAACGUGCCGUACAGCCAACCGCCGCUGUGCUCGGGUGGCCCCGACCGGCUGUCCGGCAAACCGCUCACCGAACUGGACGUCGAGGACUUCGACUGCCGACCGGACGUGCGCGCCGAGUCCCGAUACGUGGAGGUGACCGAGGGCAACAACGCGACGGUCCGGUGCCGUGUCGAACCCGGUUCGAUGGCGCACAUCGCGUGGUACCUGAACGGCCGCAGGUUGCAGGGUGCCGGUACGCCGGCCAUCGGAUAUCCGGGCGCCGCGUCCGCCAACCCGCGUAUGUUCUUCAUUGACGGCGUGGACGAGGAGGACGGCAGCCGCCGGAGCGAGAUGACGCUGACGGACGUGCGGCGCGAAGACGCGGGUCAGUAUUCGUGUCUGGCCGAGAAUCGGGCCGGCAACUCGGAAGCAAACUUCACGGUCUACGUGACCGACCGGCCGUCCGUCAUCAUGUCCACGUUCGGUUCGGCGCACGUCAACGGCGUGGCAGCCGCCAUGGCCGCGCUAAUCGUGUUCAUACUGGUGUUGAUCGCGCUGACCGUGAUGCGCAUCCGGCGGUCCGGAUAUCCGGCCGACACCAAGCCCACAGAAGCGGCGGGAAAUCGCGGUAGCGGCAAACCCAACACGGGUUCGAUGGCCAUGAACGGGGGCGGAGCAACGAUGGGACGUGGCGGUGGAGGAUACGGUAAUAACGGCAUGUUGGCCGGAGGCGGCAAGACCAAUCCGGCGCUGGACAUAUCGUCCGUGAUCGAGCGCAACUACGACCCGGACCUGGAACCCGGUCUUGGAUCCGUGUGCACGCCUACGGGAUCGUAUCACGUGGCCGGAUUGGACCUGAUACACGACCACGACGCUUCCCGGCUGGAGAUGUGCGAUUCGCCGAUGUCUUCGACCGCCAAACCUCCUCCGUCGUAUUACAGCGGAGCCAGGACCGUGUCCGGUAGCGGAAACGUGCGUCCGUACGACGAUCGGACGCCGAUCAUCGGCACCGGAAGUGCGGGCGACGCGUACAGCGUGGGCACCGGAUCCGACGAAGUUUUCUCGUACAACAGCCAACAGCAGUUGCACUACGGCGGCGGUCAUUACGCCCAACAACAACAGGCCGUCGGCGGAGGCAGCGUCAACAGCGAUUAUCCGGCCGACUACGGUCUGCCGAUCAUACCGACCGGACAUCAUCACCUCAAUCAGUCUUCGACCAACGUGUCUCAGUACAGCCAACAUCCACAGCAACACCCUCAGCAGCAGCAACAUCAACAGUAUUAUAACAGCAACAACCACCAUCAUCAGCAACAGCAACAGCUUCACCAUCAACAGGAAUACGUUCAGCAGCAGCAAGACGUGUCCCAGCAACCGUCGGUCAAGACGCUGCGAGUGUGGCAAAGGGGCGUACCGGUGUUGCCCACCACGCCGUCCCUGCAGAGGUUCGCCAACAGGACUUCGCCCACCACGCCGGGCACCGACGUCUGAGCGUAGAAAUCGGUUCGAGUGGUAGUCAAAGGUCGUCGUCAUUUUAUUCUCUCGACACCUGUACCUAACCCGUAAUCGUAUUGUACCGUUUUGCUUCGUUUCGUUUUAUUUAUUAUCGUGUAUACCUACGGCGCGUUUCGUUCCUUUUCGCGUUACUUUUCUACGAUUUUUUUUUAUUGUUGUUGUUCAUGUUGUUGUAGUCAUAGUUCAGUAGUUGUAUACUGUUAUUUUUAAUUGCGUGCUCGGCGUGUGAUGCAACCGCGAUGACCCGAAACGGACGAUUUUUUCCAUCCCGAAAACACUCCAGCGUAGUUGCAGUCAAAAUCUACAACUUAUAUCAUCUGCGCAGUAAUAAUGAUUUUCGGUAAAACCUCUGACCGGUUAGGCUCGGUUUUUUUUUUUUGAGAAAAAUAUUACGUUUUCCCUACUUUU